GAAAUUGCAGUUAAUUUAUAUUAGCUCUAUUUCAUUAAUCCUGUAUUGCCAUGAGCUCAAAACUGCCGAAGUGCUUAGAUAUUCGCAAAGCUGAUUCAUCAAAAUCGCAAUCUAUAUUCCAAACAAAUCAGGAAUGGGGAUUUUUUUGUGAUGACAGUGGCAGAGUCAUUGUACAGUGCAUGUCCAAGGUUGCUGAAGGUUUGGAAACUAAAGAAGAAGAAAAUAGUAGCAAUAAUGAUGAUGAAGAGAUUUUCGGACUGCUUGAUACAGAUGAGGAAUUUGCGUUGAAUGAAUUCAACUGUGAAAAACAAGACAGACCAGAAAUGGUGUUACUAGUUUCAACGGAUCAAAGCGAAACUCAAUCCAUGCCAUCUUCACCUGAGUUGCCCCAAACACCUGAAGAAAUGUUUUCUAGUGAUCUUGAGACAAACUAUUGCAGAACGAGAACCUGGGUUGAGAAACAGGAAGACAUUGGAGAAUCUAUAUUGAGUCAACAAAAUUUACAAUAUGGAUUAUCAGAUGAUGUUGAUCAGAUAUCAACUCAAGCAUAUUUGUACCCUCUUGCUCCCGAUCAUGAAUCUGAAAGAAUUUCAACCAUUAACCAGGAAAAUUUUCCUUGUGUUAAAACGGAGUGGUAUAUAAGAAAACCUGCUAAUGAGUCAUCUCUGAGCGAUGAUGUUGCAAUUGUGAACACAAAUAUGCUAGCAAUGGAUAUGCGUCAAUUUCUAAAGCAUCAUGGAAUUUCUAUGAAUAAUUUUGCAAAACAGUACUUGAAUCGCACACAGGGUACAUUAAGUGAUUUACUGAAUCAUCCAAAACAGUGGGAAGAUCUUUCGAAAAAAGGAAAAGAAAUUUACAUCAGUCUUAUUAAAUUUUUAUCUUCUCCAAAUUUGUUCAAUUUAGUGUCAAAAAUGGCACGAAAAAAUGUUCGCAGUAAUAGCAAGCGUAUUCCAGACUGUAUUAUGAAUUCAAUAGCCAUGGGUAGCAUCCCAUCCGAAGCUAUGCUUACCGCGGCAGCCGUUCAACUCAACUUGAGUUUUUCGUAUAUUCGCCACUAUUGCAAUGAACAAAUCAAAAUUCGUGACUGUAAAUUGAUGGAAUCAAGUGAUGGUGUAAAAAAUAAAACAAAUAUGUUUAUAUCAAAUGAAAUACCAGACAAGGAUACAAAUGAUGAAAACUUGGAGAAGGCUACUGAUCAUUUGACUGUAGGAUCGAACUGUAUAUUUCCGAAGUUUUUAGAACAGCAUAUUUGCACGCAGUUUGGUUGUGGAGCAAUUUUGCAAAAUAAACCUUCUUUGAAAAAUCAUCUGAUGUGUCAUGGUGGUAUACGUGAACAUUUGUGUAGAAUUUGCAAUGAAAGAUUCAGUACAAAGUAUAAUCUGAAUUGCCAUAUUAAAACACAUUCACGACCCGCCAAGGUAAGCGAAAAGGCAAAGGAACGAUUAUCUGCUGUCAAAGAUCAAAUGUCUCGAUAUAUUUGUGGAAUCUGCUGGAUCAGAUGUAAAUCACGUAACUGUCUAAUAAAGCAUUUACUCCAGCAUGGAAUUGUGAAGGAAAACGUUCGCAUUGGCUUUACUUGCUAUGUAUGUGUUAAGAAUUUUAAAACAUUGUAUGCCCUGAAAAUUCACAUGCGUAUACACACAAAUACCAGACCAUUUCAAUGUGAACAAUGUGACAUGGGAUUCCAGACGAAAGCCAACUUACAGAGGCAUAUUCGAAAGCAUACUGGGGAAAAACCAUUUGCAUGUUCUAUUUGCCCUGCCAGAUUUGCGGAAGCAAAAUGUGUUACUAUACACAUGAGAACACAUACAGGAGAGAAACCUUUCAUAUGUCCCAUUUGUAAUAAGCGGUUUUCUCAAAAUAGUCCACUACAAGCACAUAUGCUAAUUCACAAAAAUGAAAAACCGCAUUUAUGUGACCUUUGUGGUAGUAGUUUUCGACAAAAGGGAAAUCUUCGAAUGCAUGUCCUAAGGCAUAGAGGUGUCAAGAAUCGUAAAUGCCAUAUAUGUGGAAUGUCUUUUCUAACAAAGAGUGAUUUUGAUCGACAUUAUCUAAAACACACUGGGGAAAGGUUGUUUCAAUGUGAACAUUGCAAGAAAGCCUUCACCAGGCUCUCAUACUUACAAGAACACAUGAAAAAAUUACAGGGACCGUCCGCACCCCAAUGUCAAACAUGUCGCAAGAAGUUUUGUGAUGAAAAUUCAAGAAAAAAACAUGCUAAGCAACAUCAUGACUUCAUUCAAAAUGAGCCUGUAAGAGAACAAGAUCAGAUGGAUAAACUUUCGUCUUUAGAUCCACCAGCUAAUAAUAGUACAUUAUUUCUCGCUUCCAAAGCUAUGUUCAAUGAUGAAAAACAUUAUAUCCUCACAGCUGUAAGACCAAUGGAUAAUCCAAAUCCCAAAGCGCUAAUUGAUAACUGUGAUUCAAAACAGCCGAAUGGUAAUAACCUACAAUCAUUUAUGCUGACACCAGCCGAUGAAUUAUCAUCAACAUUUCCCACAUCUGAACAGUCCAUACUCAUGCACUUGUGUCAGGAAUUUUCUAUUUCUGAAAGUGAAAAUAGAGUAUUACCAGACCAUAUUCUUCUAACAAGCGAUGGAAAUAUUAUGACAAAUACACGACAGUCUCAUAUUCCUAUUUCUUUAGCUCCUGUUGAUGAAGACAACCUAAAGACACAGCAAAAUAUGGUCGAAAACAGUGAUCCAAACAUGCAAUCAGUAGUUGUGGAAACUAUAGAAGACAGUAGUAUGAUUAUUUCACAAAGCGGUGGUCAUGAAAGUGGCUUAAAUCAACAUAUUAAGUUGAAUGAUACCAUCAGUCCAUGUCAAGUAGUUGUGCCAUCAAUAAGUUCUGAUAGCGGUAUAGUCAUCUCCGAUAUUGGAGAAAGAAAUCAUGUCGAAAUGUGUUCUGAUGGUCUAAGCCCAAAUAAUGUCAAUUCAAAUGUAUCAAAUGAAUGCGUUAUCCUGAGUCAUCCCAUUGAAAAUGAGGAUCAGACAAACGAACUCGCAAAAAGCCAAACUUAUAUUAUUGUAGACUUAGAACUUGAUACAUAGUUUUGUAUGCAGGAUAUUUGAAUAAUGAUACAUGAUCAAAGUUCAAAUUAUGGUUGAACUAUGUCACUGUUAAAUUUGAAUCAUAUUCUUAUUGUAUGUUUCUGCAUAUAGUGUAAGAUUACCGUAUUUCUCCUUGCAUAAUACGUAUCCAUAGAUAAUACGAAUAUGUAUUUUAGCACAUAUGUGGUGAGAAUCUUUCAAUCUCCUUGCAUAAUACGUAUAUGGGGGUUACGUUCAUCUCUUGCGUUGUGGGUGUUUUUCGCGAAUUGUUACAGGCAUUCUGUCUGCAUUUUGUUAACUAUAUCUCCUAAUUAAUAUGUUGUUUCAUGUAUUUACGGUGUAACGGUCUGCCAAUCAUGAUGUGAUGUUAUUUGACAUUAAUUAAAGUAUCAUGCUGUUAUUUGUCUCAGAUCUUUUUAAAAGCUAGGGGCCCGAAAUCAGAGCAUGGUUUCAGACACAGCACCCGCUGGCGGGUCACUAAUUUGAGUGACAUAUAGUGAUUUUGACCCUGAAGUUAUGCCGAUUCGAUGAGAGAAACGGCAAGACAAUGACAGCAGUGAACGAUGUACAGCUGUUCUUUUAAUUCACCGUUUUUUCGGACGGUUGAGUUUUGCAUUGAUUGCGAUUCUUGCGACUUUUACUAAUGCUAAAUUUUGUUGGAUUGGGCAUGCUUCUACCAAAACAAUCAUGAUCUGAUCCUAAAAGACUUUGCUAAAUGAAAUUAAAACACUCAAGAUAUGUGAGAAUUAUUUGCCAGUUAAGCAUAAAAAUGAGGAUUAAUAUUUUUUCGAUAUUUUCCAUGUCAAUGCAUAAUACGCACCCUCUUAUUCUCAACUUGAAGUUUGGCUGCGGAAGUGCAUAAUAUAUACGGAGAAAUGCGGUGUAUUGUAAUGUUUGCUUAACUUAUCACUUUUCAAUUUACGGGAAUUGUUGUCCACUGAAAUUUUGACAUGAUGCUUGUGAAACAUCAAAUGUUCACAGUUGCAUUGUUACUUACAUUUAAUAACAUCACUGUGAUAUUGUUAUCUUUAUCUGAUAUAUUCCAUAUUUGCUUUUGUUCUUCAUACUAAUUCUUGUACAAUCUUGUCAGUUAUGAAAAGAAUCACAACACCCCUCCAUUCACAUUUUGGAUAAACUGUUAAAAAAAAAAAAAUUGAAGGAGAAAUGGAACUAUCACUUGUUAUUAAGAUACUCAUUUCCAAUAUUGCAUGAAAAUUGAAAAAUCCAAGAAUAUCCAUACUUUUUUUUGUUCUCAAAUCAAGGUCCUUAACACAAAGGGCAGAAUCUUAAAAAGCUGCCUUAGAAAAUGAUUGCCUAUGCAACUCCUAUGUCCUAAUCCGUUUAAUAACUUUUUUUUUCAUUUUUUUGCCCAUUUAAAUGUGCCACAUAACACGCAUCUAUAUCACAAAUAUAUUGCAGUAAAAGUGUGAAGGCCGAGCUUUGCCCUUUUUCGCUUUUGUACCAGUGAGAAAGGCCCACUUUUUUAAUUUUUUUUCAAAUUUUAUCUUGAAAACUACUCGUUCUAUAGGAAAUGUGGACUGCUUGGCCUGAAGAGCACCUAUUUAUAUUUAGCAAUCUUUCCAAAUAAAAUUUUUGUAUUCACUCUUUCGUCUUGUUGAUCCUCUCAAAGUGUUGUUUAAUUUUACUAAAAAUUCUGCCUGCAUAUGUUUCUGCAAUUUUUUUGUUUGGCUUAGUCGAAUUACUAAAUUAUGGUUGUUCUAUAUAUUUGUUGUUUUUAG